CAAACAUUUAAUAUAAUAAUUUAAUAUAUCAUGUCAAGACAUUCCAAAAAUAAUACAGCUAAUCCUGUAUUUACAUAUGCAGAAAGAAAAAUGAUUAAAGAUUUUGGCACACAAAACUCUCGUGUUGGCUCUGAUUCAUAAAGACCAUUUGACUUUUGUUAUUUAUGUAUUAGUAGAGUCAUUGAACCUUUGACUUGUGAAAAAGGUCAUUUAUUUUGUAGAGAAUGCAUCAUUUAAAAUAUGGUACAUUAUUCUUUAUAUAUAUUAAAGGUAAAACAAAAGUAAGAAAAUGAGAAGUUAAUAGCUGCUUAUAAUUAAAAAAAAUAAUAAUAAGAACAUAAAUAGUAAUAGUAGGAUGAAGCAUAACAAAAAGAAAAAGAAUAAAAUUUUGAAAAGUUAGAUUAUCAAAAUGAUGUCAUUGAAAGACGAUAAUUUAAAUCUAAAGUAGAAGAAAAAUUAUAAGGGUAAUUUUUAAUUAUCAUUAAUUUUAGUUAUAUUAAUUUAGAGGCUGAAUAAAAGAAGAAAGUAUUAGAGAAAAUGCAAUUAAAAGGAAAAGAAAUGCUUACCAUGUCAAAGAAGGAUUUAACAUGUAAAAAUUUCUGGGUUCCAGAAUCUUAACCUGAAUAAUAGGAAGAGAAAUUAGAAUAACCAAAAAAUAUUUGUAGAUGUCCUGCAAAUAGAGAUCAUGAAAUAAAACUUAAAAAGCUUUAUCCAACUAAAUUAAAUGACAACAAUGGAGAAACUAAAGAAGUCUUUUGUUAUGCAUGCAAUAAAACACUUAAAUAUUAAAAAAUUGCCAUGAGUAAAAAUUGUGGACAUGUUAUGUGUAUGAGUUGUAUCUCAAGGAUUUGUUUACCUGAUAAAAAGUGUAUGGUGUGUAAUAUAGACUUUGACAAGAAAGAUAUCAUUUAGAUUUAAGAAGCACAUUCUGGAUUUGCUAGCCAUAAUUAAGUAGAAGUUAAAAUAUUUAAUCCUGUGAUGUUAAUAUGAAUAUUAG